UCCAACUUCUUAAAAAGCCGAGAGGAAAGUUCACGCAGAGGUCAUUCGCAGUGCAGUCUUCGCCGGAGUUGAAUCAAAAACUGAAUUCCGUUCCAAAAUGGAGCUGAUUGGCAACGUCAAGAACUACGACUGGGGCAAACUCGGUGCGGAUUCGUACGUGGCCAAGAUUGCCACUGCCAACGAUGGCGGGUUUAAGCUGGACCAGGCUCAGCCGUACGCGGAACUCUGGAUGGGGGACCACGUCAGUGGGCCUUCGCUGGUAGCAGGUAGCGGUGAGGAGCUGGGAGCUUAUCUUCAGAAAAAUGGCCAGGACAAGCUGUCCUAUCUGUUUAAGGUGCUGAGCAUCCGGAAGGCGCUCAGCAUUCAGGUCCAUCCGGAUAAGACGGAAGCCGAGAAGCUGCACGCACAGUUCCCGGACGUCUACAAGGACCCGAACCACAAGCCCGAGCUGGCCAUCGCCCUCACCGACUUCAAGGCCAUGUGCGGCUUCCGACCGUACGCCGAGAUCCACGCCCUGCUCAAAUCGUGGCCCCAGCUGGAAACCCUCCUCGGCAAGGACAAAGUCGACCAGCUCCAGUCCGGAACCGAACCCGCCCUCAAGGAUCUCUACUCAACCCUCAUGCACAGCCCACCGAGCGCCCUCGAGACCUGCAUCACCUCAAUGCUCCACACCAUCCAGAACAAACCCGCCCCAUCAAAUCUCGACCGCCUCUUCCUCCAGCUCCACGCCGACUUCUCCGCCGACGUGGGACUCCUCUCGAUCUACUUCCUCAACAUCCUGAACCUCAGCCCCGGCCAGGCGAUCUACCUCCCGGCGAACGUCCCACACGCCUACCUCUCCGGCGACUGUAUCGAGUGCAUGGCCUGUUCGGAUAACGUGGUGCGCGCCGGCCUCACCCCAAAGUUCAAAGACGUGGACACCCUGCUGCGGCUGGUCAGCUACGAGGGAGCCCCGGCGGAGUCCAAGAUCUACCAGCCGAAGCGGUUGGACGGGGAACCGCACACGCGCACGUUCGUUCCCUCGGUGAAGGACUUUGCCGUGGCGGAGGUUAAGGUUCCGGCCGGGGUGAAGGAGUACAGUGUGAGGAAUAGGGCGGAGGGGUGCAUUCUGUUGGUUUGCGCGGGGAAGGGAAAGUUGACUGCUGGAGCAGGUCAGGAGCUGGGACUUGAGUUCGGGAAGAUAGUGUUCGUUCCGGGAAGCGUUGGAGAUAAGCUGAAGCUGGAGAUUGAGGACAGUGGCAGCGAGUUUGUGGCUUAUCAAGCGAUGAGUAAUGAUUUUUAGGAAGUAGGGUGUGAUGAUCUCUGUGUUUAAGUUAUUGUUGUGACCAUGUAUUAGCCGAAUAAAUAGAUUUCAUAGCUUAGUGAAGUUGAA